CUGAGCCAUGGGAAAGAAGCGCGACGCCAUCCUGGAGGCGCUGGAGAACCUCACUACCGAUGAGCUCAAGAAGUUCAAGCUGAAGAUGGGGGUGGUGCCGCUACGCCAGGGCUUUCGGAACAUCCCGCGGGGUGCUCUCGGGCCUCUAGACGCUGUGGACCUCACAGACAAACUGGUCUCCUUCUACCGUGAAGACUACGCCGCCGAGCUCGCGGCAGCCGUGCUGAUUGACAUGGGCAUGCAAGAGGAGGCGGCGCGGCUUCAGGGGGUGGCAUAAAGACGGCCGAAAUUAGGCAUUUUGGGAUCAUCAGCAGAGGAGUCUAGGGGCCAAGGAGAGGAGCAGUGCAACGCUGAUGUAUGUGGGCAAAGAUUAUCCCCCAGAAGCCUGCCCCAGCACCAGUCCCGGGAAACCACAACGGCCGUCUCCACCGUGCUGACCCCGCCCGUCCCGUCCUUGCACCUGUCCUUUAUUCUUCCGCAGUCUAAUAAAUAUUUCAUGACAGACCUUCCUGGGUCUGCAUGGACACAUACCGGCCGUGUCCACCUACAUUUGCCACCAGCGUGAUGUGUACGCAUCAGUGUGUGCCUGCGUGUCCUUGGAGACCUCUGGAGGUUUGUGCAUGCGUGUAUGCCUGUGUUUGUGGCGUUUGUUUGAGGCAUCUGUGAGUGGGUGUGCACACAACUGCACAUGUGGAGGUAUGUGCAGAGGAACGGGCGCGUCUCCACUAUCCGAUGACUGGGCUCUU